UCGCUAGUGUACCUGGCUGCACCGCGAGCCGCCUUACCUCGCUCCUCGCCCAAGUGGUCGGAAGUGCCCCUGGAGGGUCGCCGCCCGUCCGCCCCGCCGUUGUCUUGCUUGCGAGUGUCGUGGUCGUGCCUGGCGGUCCCCUUGUCGUCCCAGGGCGUUGUUGGUCGACAUGCCCGAAGAGUGGUGGUGGGAGUACUCGCAGCUCAAGGAGCUGCAGACGCUGCAGGAGGAGAACAGGAGGCUGCAGGCGGGCCACGCCGGGCCGGGCCGGCCGGCCAGCGCGCUGCAGCAGGCCGACACGGCCGUCACGGCCGACAUGGUGGACAACGUGCUGCUGCAGAACCAGGUGGACACGCUGCAGUGGCAGCUCAGGCAGACGGAGAACUCCCGACACAUGUACCGCGCCGUGAUGGAGCAGGUGGUGCGCUUCCUGGAGCGCGCGCACCGGAACCUCAAGCUGGCCGCCAGCACGUCGCUCACGGGGCGCCCCAAGACUCCCAACGGCAGGGUGCCGCGGUCCCGCUCCGUGCACACGGUGGACGUGUGUCCCGGACGCGCCAGCCCCGGCCACCGGGACUCGAGGGACUCGCUGCCGGACUUCCAGCGCGCCAAGAGCAUCACGCAGAUCGAGGACUCGCAGGCCUACAGCGCCUUCCGCGACUUCACGUGGAGGCGCCCCCGGCCGUCCCAGUCCGACCUGGAGGAGGUGCCGCCGGAGAAGCUGUCUCAGGAGGCGUUCCGGCUGCUCCGGACCGUCCAGUCCCUCCUCAACACCCGCGAGCCGGACCUGGCGCACCGGCUGUCCGGUUCCGGUUCCGGCUCGGGCUCCGGCUCGGGAGACAGCGAGCCCCGCAGCGAGCCGCGCAGCGAGCGCAGCUCUGUGGUGUCGCUGGACCAGACCGACGACGCCUCGCCCACCCCCACCAAAGACGCCGGCCUCGCCUCCAUGCACGCCGCCAUGCAGGCCGCGCCCGGCGGCAACGCGCACGCCGCGCUCGUCGCCGACGUGACGGGCGCGCUGCGGCGGAAGCUCAACAUCCGCAACUCGCAGGUCGUGAGUUGCGCGUCGUACAACCGCCUGCGAGAGUCCACGGCCGAGUCGCACAGCAACUCGUCGACGUCCACCGCGGAGGACGGCGACUACGACGUCGGUCCCGCCUCGCUGCUGAGCGGCCUGGAGUCCGCCUUCUCGGGCAACAACCACCACCACAACCACCACCACCUCAACGGCCACAACGGGCACCUGAACGGGCACCUGAACGGGCAGCACAACGGGCACCAGAGCGGCGGCAACCGGCUGGAGGAGGCGCGGCAGGCCCUGCGCAAGGAGGAGGCCCUGUACCGCAGCAAGGGCUACCCGUCGUCCACGCCGCAGCCCAGCCUGAGUCUCAGCUCGGCCGAGGACGAGAGUGGCUUCUCCUCCAUGGGGUCCUUCCAGGAGGUGGGGCUGCCGCUGCUGAGCUCAACGCAGCUGAACGCGACCAGCGACCCGCCGGCCUCGUCUGCGUCCGCGGCCUGGCACCACCACUCGUCCUCGGCCUCGCCGUCGCCGUCCUCGCGCUCGCACGGCUCGUUCCACGAGGUGGGGCUGCCGCUGGCGGUGACGCGGCCGCACGGCGCGCAGCACGGCAAGCCCCCCGUGCCCAUCCACCGGCGCUGGAGCUCCAACCCCGUGGAGGCGAUCAGCCGCUCCGCCUACAAGGGCGCCGAGGCCCUCAGGGUGCUGUGGGUGUAG